GCGCCCCCCCAGUGCUGCAUGGACUGUUCCGUACAAAUAAGCAGCUUUGUGCAAUAUGUACGCAAUAGGUAGGACGUAACUCUUGGAAUGGCGGAGGGACUAGGCGAACCCGGAAGUGCUGUUGUUGUUGAUGAUGGUAGUAUCUCCAUGGAGAAGGAGCAGGCACAGGCCAACUUCGACGAACAAAAUGACGAGAUUCUUGCCCUGGAGUCUAUUCUUGAACAAAAUUUUACAUUAAGGAGCAGACAUCAGGAGGAAGAUGAGGACAGUAGGUUUGCCUUCGCGGUUGCUGUUCCUGUAGACUUGCCCAAGGGACAGCUGGAGGUACAGCUGUGGCUGCCCGGGGACAGCGAUGUGAGGGAGGCUGAGGCAGCUGCUGUCUGUUCAUCAGCUUCAACCAGCAGGCCGGAGUUCAACAGGUCCAUGUCAGGUCGACGUUGGCACGCGUCAUUCAAUGUCUCCCACCUGCCUCCCGUGACCCUUGACGUGACCCUUCCUCUGACCUACCCCAGCCAUGCCCCACCCUGCUUUGUCAUCAGCUGCCUGUGGUUGGAUGGAACUAAACUGAGCACCCUGUGUAAACAGCUGGACGCACUGUGGGAGGAGUCCAAGGGACUGCCAAUCAUUUACACUUGGGUGGACUGGCUACAGAGUAGUACUAUCCAAUUCCUAGGUUUGGAUGACUACAUUAUCCUGAUGCCGGUGAGCAUGAGGUUUGGUGUAGGGACCACACCUGAUCAUGAGGAGGGGGACAAUUUUCAGAGCGACCCACGAGUCUCCUCAGAACAGGCUGACCCAGUGCAGAGCCUUCAGGAGAUACUCAGGGUCAAUUAUGCAAAGGAGUUUGAGACCUUCCAAAGGAACACACAGGAGUGUGGGAUCUGUUUUGACUCGAAGCUGGGAGCUGAGUUUUUCCUGAUGAGUGAGUGCCGACACUUCUUCUGCCAUGAAUGUGUCGCUGGGUACUGCCAGAUCCACGUGAAGGAUGGAACAGUUCAACAAAUCAGCUGCCCAGACGAGGGAUGUGAUGGCAGCCUGCCUCCAGGUGUGAUCAGACAGGUGUUGGGAGAUGAGGAGUAUGAGAGAUGGGAGAGUCUUCUACUGCAGAAAACGUUGGACACGAUGGAUGAUGUUGUGUGGUGCCCCAGAUGUAACAAUGUGGUGAUCAGGGAUUCUGACCAGGACAGCAAGCUUGCGCAGUGUGGAUCCUGUUUGUUCUGUUUCUGUACAUCCUGUGGGGAUGCCUGGCACCAGUCCAGAGAGUGCAAGUCUGUAGAGGAGAAGCUGAAAGAUCUCACCGAGCAACUUCUAGGUGACAAGGCAGGAGAGAUUGGUGAGGGGACAGAGGAAGAAAUCUUGGCUGCCGCAAAAAACGUCCGCGACCCAAAAGUGCUGAUGAAUAAAGCCCAACUAAUCAGCAGGUUACGUGCUGAAAGGCUUUCCAAAGUCACCAUCACUAAAACCACCAAACGCUGCCCAAAUUGCAAGACAAACAUUGAGAAGGAGGCUGGGUGCAACAAGAUGACAUGUGCCCAGUGUGGUACAUACUUCUGUUGGCUCUGCUUGAAGAAAAUAGAUGGCUACGACCAUUUUGGAUCAAAGUGUACUCUGUUCCAGCCGUACAUACCCCCUGUUUUCUACAGGGUACCAGAACGGGAAGUUCCUGAGGGUAUGAGGAGGCUUCAGGAGGCUCUGGAGAGGGACCCUGAGGCCAUCCACCGUGUCAAGAACUGCCCAAACUGUCGACAGAGGAACCUGAAGACAGGGACUAACAAUCACAUCAAGUGCUGGUCCUGUCGCGCAAACAUCUGUUACCAGUGUUUAACCAAGAUAACUGGACCAGUGACAUCACACUUUGUCCCUCCAAACCCCUGCAAGCAACACAGUUAACAUUGAUGCACUAGUCCUUGUGACAAAGGAAGACAAUCUGUAAUAGAUGCUGCUAUCUGUGAGAAGACAUAUUCUUCUAUGUUAUGCCAAUUAAGCCUUACAAAAACUGAGGCAUACAUGAGUCAUUCCCACAAUUGUAGUGCCUUUAUUUAUCACCAAAAAUUUCACUUUUUAUAGAAGUGUUGUUA